AUGCCGACAGGUCACUAUUAUAGUCAAGAAACAAAAGAAUUAAUAUUCAAUGUAAUUCAAUUUAUUGAAGGGGAGAAAAAUAGACCAAAAAUACCAUUAUAUAAUGUCAAUGAUCGUAUAAUGGCUGCACUUCAAAUAUCGCACGGUUCAAUGGCGAAAUUGAAAAAUGAAAUGAAACAGCUACAAGAAGAGCAACAAAUGGUUUUGGAACAUAAGUUACUUGAACAACAACAGCAACACCAAUUAUAUGUACUUGCACAAAAGUAUAAAACUGAGCGUUUGCGUCCACGAUCAUCAUCACCAUUUAUAGCACCAAAAAAUGAUCAUUUUACAAGUAUGGAUACUCCUCGUGCAGUUGCGAAAUCACCGUUAAUACAUGGUGGCGGAGCUAGAAAAUCCCGUGCGAUAACUAUUAUUAUUGAUAAUGCAUCUUGGCAUCGUGAAGUAACAGAUGAUACAAAACCACCACUACGUUCAUGGAGAAAGCAAAUGAUAGCUGACUGGCUUCAUGAUCAUGAUAUAUCAUAUGCAAAAGAUAUUUCCAAAGCAGAAUUAUUAGAGUUGGCAUAUGAAAAUUUACCAGAAAAAAAAUACAAGGUAGAAGAAGAAGCAAAGCAGUAUCAAAUUAAUAUUUUAUGGUAAAUUUAACCUAUUCGUGACUAUUCUGUGCUAAUAUUUUUUUAAAGUUUACCAAUGAGACAUUGUACCCUAAACCCUGUGGAGUUAGCCUGAGCCAAUAUGAAAACAUAUAUACGUGAGAGAAACACGAAGUUUACUUUAGCUGAAGUAAGCAAAUUGGCACAAGAAUGGAUUCAUGGCUUAAGUGCUACGGAAGCAACUAGUUACAUCAACCAUAUCAAACAAUGUGAAGUAACAUUUAAAAAGGCUGAUACAUAUGUCGAAGAGAUCGAAGAAGAAAUAAAUGAAUAUGACGACGACGAUUAUAGCACCUCUAGUACAGAUGAUGCUGAUGAUUAAUGAUAUUAUAGUGAAUUUAUGUGAACAUCGCAAAAUUCUUUUCGGCUGAUCGAUUUGGAUUUAGAAAAUUUUUGCGAUAGAAACGCCAAUAAAAUAAAGGUCGAAGAGAACUAACUUAAGAUAUUCAUUCAUUAUUAUCAAAAUAAAUUCAAUAUAUGGUUUUUGAUCACGUUUUUAAUAGACAAAAACCUCUGAAGAUUAAUAAAUGGUGCCAUGAAGUUUAAGGCGACUAAGAACUUUUAGAAAAAAAUAUUUAGUUAGCUACUCGGAUUUUGAAAAAAUUUGGUUAGUAGUCUUCAAUAAAAUCUUUAUAUUUUUUGAACGCAAGCAGGUAUCAAUCACGUCCUUGCGUGGAUCGAUAAAAGAGAAGCUGGGCUAUCUGU